GCACGCAUUAUUUGAACAAAACAACUAUAAAACAACCUAAGACAAGUUAAAACAAGGCAUAAACACUUUACACUACCCUAAGAGUGACAUUUUAUGUCACUCAUCACCAACUUCAUUCGAUUAUCCUACUUGACACCCCUAUUCGCCUAUUCCUAAGAGUAAACACAAUAAAUAAAAAAAAAAUCAUGUCAUAAUUUUGAAACAGAAAAAGUGGUUACCUAUCAUAGCUGCUAAAAAAGGCCACAUGGUAGUAGCAUCCCCAAAGAAAACAACAUGACAUAAACAGUAACGCGGAAUCAAGUACCCAUCCGACUGCAUUCAGUACAGCUCAUGGAAUUUAAUCAUCCCUCUGUCUCCAAAAAAACCUCGUCUCCUCUUCUCUUGCAUUUAUUUAUUCACAAAUCCAAUGAUAUUACUCGCAAUAAAUGUACUUCACUACUACGUAUUAAUGAAAUCUCUUCACCCAAAAUCUACUAUUACAAGCUACAAUACCGACAACAUAUACAGUUAUAUUAGUCCACACACAAUUUAUAAUAAUAAUCUUAUUUACAUGUAUUUAUUUAUUUUUAUUAUUCCGAAGCCGCGCUUCUUUGCUUUAUAAAAAGAUAUCCAAAAUUCAAAAGAAAAAAAAAAAGUGAUAAAAAAAAGCAUAAUUUCAUUCCACCUUGCUUUAUCCAUGAAUAAACUUGUACAUUAUAUAAUUAGAUCUGUAACUUAACAUACAAGUUCUCUUCUACCUACGUUCAUCAAUUAUCAGACAUCCUUUGCCAUUUUUACUCACUGAGUCACUGAGAAAUGAGUGAUCUAAAGAAGAAGGGUGUGUUAUUGUUAUUUUUAGUGGUGUUAUUGACAAUUAUUGGAAGCAGUUUAGCUGAGAGUCCUUACAGAUUUUUUACAUGGAAUGUUACUUUUAGUGAUAUUUAUCCUCUUGGUGUCAAACAACAGGGGAUUUUAAUUAAUGGGCAAUUUCCAGGACCACCAAUUGAGGCAGUCACCAAUGACAAUUUGAUUAUUAGUGUAUUUAAUAGCUUGGAUGAACCAUUCCUUCUUUCCUGGAAUGGCAUACAACAGAGAAGAAACUCGUGGCAGGAUGGUGUAUAUGGAACGAAUUGUCCUAUUCCUCCUGGGCAAAAUUUUACAUAUGUCCUCCAAGUUAAAGAUCAAAUCGGUAGUUACUACUACUUCCCGUCCCUUGCUUUCCACAAAGCUGCUGGAGGUUAUGGUGGCAUCAGAAUUGAUAGCCGACCCUUGAUCCCUGUCCCCUUCCCUCCCCCUGCCGGAGACUUCACUGUUCUUGCUGGGGACUGGUAUAAAAUGAAUCACACAGAUUUAAAAGCGAUAUUAGAUGGUGGACAUGAUUUGCCUUUCCCUGAUGGACUUGUCAUAAAUGGCCAUGGAUCAAAUGGAAAUACUUUUACAGUUGAUCAAGGCAAAACAUACAGAUUCAGGAUAUCUAAUGUUGGGAUAGCAACAUCGAUCAAUUUUAGAAUCCAAGGACACAAAUUGAUACUAGUAGAGACAGAGGGAGACCAUACUCUUCAGAAUACCUAUUCGUCCCUUGAUGUUCAUUUGGGGCAAUCAUACUCAGUACUCGUUACAAUGGAUCAACCUCCACAGGAUUACUACAUUGUUGUCUCAACCCGUUUUACCUCUCAAGUACUUACCACCACCUCCACUCUCCAUUAUAGUAACUCGGCAGCUGGUGUUACAGGCCCUCCUCCUGGUGGGCCCACCACUGAGAUUGAUUGGUCUCUUAACCAGGCCAGAUCCCUCAGGCAAAAUUUGACAGCAAGUGGACCAAGGCCUAAUCCUCAAGGUUCUUAUCAUUAUGGGAUGAUCAAUACUACACGUACAAUCAGGCUAGCAAAUUCAGCUCCAGUGAUUGAUGGAAAGCAGAGAUACGCCGUGAAUGGUGUGUCUUUUAUCCCAGCAGAUACACCGCUUAAACUUGCCGACUUCUUCAAGAUUUCAGGUGUUUUUAGCCUUGGAAGCAUCUCUGACAGUCCUAGUUCUAAUGGCGCCAGUCAGCAGACGUCUGUCAUGGCUGCUGACUACCGAGCAUUUGUUGAAGUUGUCUUUGAGAACUCUGAAGACACUGUCCAGUCUUGGCAUAUUGAUGGCCACGUUUUCUUCAUUGUUGGAAUGGAAGGAGGACAAUGGUCGACUGAUAGCAGAUCGAGUUACAAUCUAAGAGAUGGUAUUUCGAGAUGCAGUGUGCAGGUAUACCCAAAUUCAUGGACUGCAGUUUAUAUGCCACUGGACAACGUCGGAAUGUGGAAUAUUAGAUCUGAAAAUUGGGCACGCCAGUAUUUGGGACAGCAGUUCUAUCUUCGGGUGUAUUCACCUGCUAAUUCUUGGAGAGAUGAAUAUCCGAUUCCAAGCAAUGCACUUCUCUGUGGCCAAGCUGUAGGACACAAAAAACCUUGAUUCCCAAAUGCUGCCAUAAUAUCUUCCACGUCACAUCGAAUUGCUUAUGGACAUGAAAUCAAAGCUAGAAGAAAUAUAUUCAAAACACCAGGCUGACUUGCUUAUAUCAGAGGCUUUGGCAGUUUAAAUUAGCAUUGUAUUACAGUCUAUUGAAUUUUACAACCUUUGUCCGUAUUUAGUUGUCACAUUAUAAAUUUUUAUUACACAGUGACAAUUAUUUUUGAACAAAGGGAGUAAGUAAAUCAGCUGGAGUGACUAUCACUAUUUUGAUUACAUUUUUCUUAUUAUUUUAUUUUUAUUUUUAUUAUUGCUGUGUAAUGAAUUAUGUAGAAAGACUGAAAGACUCAGUAUAGUGAUUGCAAAACUUAACAGACAUGCUAAGUUGAAUUAUCAAUUA